UAUGUGAUUGUUAUGACGUCUGCUUUACUUGAGAAUGGGAUUACGUUUUGUUGUUUGAUCCAGAUCCCAGCAGUUUUUAACAGUUUAGAAAGUUUAUUCUUUUUUAAUAUUCUAUAUUUAAGCAUUAUUAAAAGAUGGAUCCUGCAUUGCUACGUGAACGCGAGGCUUUCAGGAAAAAGGCUUUCGCUACGCCAGUAGUUGAGAACAAAAAGAAAAAAGAAACAACUGAAGAUGAGACAAAAAAGAAACCUAAACCACCUCCAAAAUCCACUGCUGUGGCACCCAGAAUUGAUGCCACCAACUACAAACACAUGUCAGGUAGCUCACAAUACAAAUUUGGUGUAUUGGCGAAAAUUGUGAAGCAUUUGAAGACAUUGCAUCAAGAUGGAGGUGAUCAUGCUUUAAGUUUGGAGGAUAUUCUCGAUGAAACUAAUCAACUUGAUGUUGGCAUGAAAAUUUCUCAGUGGUUGAGAACUGAAGCUUUGGGUAGCAACCCCAAAAUUGAUGUGACUUCUGAUGGGAGAUAUAUGUUCAAACCUCCUUACAGGAUAAGGGAUCGUAAAGGAUUAUUAAAGCUUCUGAGACAGACUGACUUAAAGGGCUUUGGAGGCAUUCUUCUUGAUGAUAUUCAAGAAUCCUUACCAAAUCAUGAAAAAGUUUUGAAAGCACUCGAAAAGGAUAUAGUCUAUAUCACCCGACCGAUUGACAAAAAGAAAAUACUAUUUUACAAUGACAAGACUGCGCAUAUGCCGAUUGACGAUGAGUUUCAAAAGCUUUGGCGCUCGGUUGCUGUUGACGGAAUCGACGACAAUAAGAUUGAAGAGUAUUUGGAGAAGCAAGGUAUUCGUUCGAUGCAGGACACAAGCCUCAAAGUCAUGCCUGGGAAGCUCAAACGGAAAGCUGCACCGAAAAAGCGGACUUUCAAGAAACCUCGUGAUAAUGAGCAUCUUAAAGAGAUUUUGGAAGAAUAUGAAUGAAUUGUUAAAAUAUGCUACUCGUGUACUGUACUGAUGUUUUAAUGUCAUUGUCGGCAAAAAUUUCAACUUUGGAUUUUGGAUAAUAAAUAAAUUACGUAAAUUGAA